AUGGAGAAUCCAAAUGUAGUGCAGCAGGAGGGACAGCUCUAUAAUACCGGAGGUCAUUGGCUAAUGGCUACUCAAUCAGCUAAUGCCCCAUUCGCCGUAAAUCGAGUUGUCGAUGUUGCGUUUGACCCCCUGGAAGAGCUAGUGUGGUGUAUUUCUGAUAAUGGUCAAUUUUCUAGCUUCUAUGGCAGCACUCUUGAGUUAUAUACAGCUAAUAAAGUCACUCCCAUGAAGGUUCCUGGUCAAGAAGAACAAGUCUGUGAGUUGAAGUCCAUUUUCCCUUCUUCAAGGUACUCUGAACACCAUGUCUAUAUCCUCGCUUCGAACGCCAUCUAUGUAUACUCAAAAUUUGGACGUGGUUGGGGCUUCGCUACCGCACCGGGUAUGACAUCAAUGGUGUGCUUAGCAGCGGCACAUGACUCACCUGCUCCACUGGGGAACUCUGAUUUCAAUCGAUUUUUUUGUGGCGGUAUGCAGGAGCAAGUCUUUGAACUGGAUGCAAAUCCUGGAUCGGCAUUUGGUGCUACUAUUCGAACAUACGAUGUGGGCGAGUUUGGAGCUGUUACAAUUAAGCCAUUCACCUAUGGCCUCUGUGUUGGAAAUAUUUGUGGCCAAGUGAAGUUGAUAGAUCCUCGAUCUCGUGUUGGUGUUUUCCGCACUUUUGAAGCACAUUCGGGAGAAAUUUCCGACAUGGCAGUCCUCAACGACGGCACCUCCCUUGUCACCACUGGUUGGUCACGCCAGCCGAAUGGUUCACUCCGAAUCGAUCGGCUUGUCUAUCUGUUCGACUUGCGAUUUGUGCGUCUUGAGGCUCCUUUGACAACUGUUGUUGAUCCAUGCUACGUCUCAACUGUCGGUUCCACUCAACGACUUGUAGUUGCCUCACAGCCUGGAGCUUUUCAAACCCUCGAAAUUGACGGUCCUAAUGUCGACCCACAAAGUCUCGGAAACAUUAUGGUGGAGAAUUAUGAUCAAGUCAAUGCAUUCCGUGUGUCGUCAAAUGGUGAAAGUCUAAUCUUUGGGACGGAGUGUGGGAACCUCCAUCUCUACUCAUCCUCGCUUGAGGCCUGUCGUUUUAAUCACAACUCCAUACCGACACAGUUCGCUUCUGACCUCGCUGACGGCCUUCGUGUUGCGGAUCUGGAGGAGAGUCCCGAGGAGGAUAUUGGUCUUCCCAUUUCGGGAAGUUACGCCUUGGCUAAGGCUGCUGGUAAGCUCUUGUUGAGACCCUGUUCUAUUCUGAGACUAAUCAUUUGCUGA